UCGGCCUUUCUUCCGCCUGAUUCCGCAGAUUAAAGUGUGCACCGUUUUGGCUCGGUUGUAACUAAUCCGUUUAUUUCUGUACAAAUUCUCUAAAGUCAGCCUCUACAACAGACAAAAUGUUAGCCCUUGUCCGCAAGCAACUUAGAAACCACCCAGCACUCAUCCCUCUGUUCAUCUUCAUCGGUGGAGGAGCAACCAUGUCCAUGGUGUACCUCGCUCGUCUGGGUUUGAGGAACCCAGAUGUCUGCUGGGAUCGGAAGAACAACCCUGAGCCCUGGAACAAAAUGGGUCCGACCGAUCAGUACAAGUUUUACACGGUGAACAUGGACUACAGUAAACUGAAGAAGGAAGGCCCUGAUUUCUAAGGUCAUAUCUGCUGGACCAAAACGACAAGAAUCAGCUGAUCCGCACAGCCUAAUCAUUGAAUAUCGUCCGGGAGUCUGAGGGUUGCAGAGGUUGAAACCGCACACUCAUUCAUAUUUAUGUUUCCUCAUGACAUCCCAUCAACUUGUGUCUGUUUCUCAUUUUCAAUGGUUCUUCAAUAAAGUGGAGUUUUUCUCCUCCGUACAGAGAGAAGAACUUGUUUUGAUUGA